GGCAAGAAAAAUGAGGUCCCCUAACAUCCUGUGGUCGUUGGGAUUGACCAUUUGUUUAUACAACUGUUGUCUCGCGGCGGCGUUUGAAUAUACCACAUUCAAUAUGGAGGCUAUACGCCAGUCUAAAUCACAAAAUAUGUUGAAAUAUAUGAACAGACAUGUGGAUCCUUGCAGUAAUUUCUAUGAAUUUGCCUGUGGCAAUUGGCCCAAUGUCUAUCCGGCCAAACUAUCCAAUCUUUUGGAAACCAACAGCCUACAAAACAUUCAAGCGGAUGUGGAUCAUGUUAUGCUUUCGGUUGUCAGCGAUUCCAAUAUCAAUACUGAUACACCCAUCGACAAGAAGGUGAAGGCUUUCUAUCAUUCGUGCAUGAAUCUACGCAAUUCGGAGCAGGUGCAUAAGACAAAGCUUAAAGCCCUUAUUGCGGAAUUUGGCCAAAUGCCUGUUCUGGUGGGCAACGAGUGGGAUGAGAAUAAGUUCGAUUGGCUCAAGACUGUGGCGGAUAUUGCCAACAAGUAUGACAUCAACAUUAUCUUGGGCCGAUACAUACGACCCGACUUGGUUGAUAAGAAGAAGUAUACGGUGAACUUGGAUCUACCGCAAUUUGGUUUGGAUAAAAUUUCCAUGUAUUUGGAUCAGGCCAAUGGCAUGUUCAUCAAUGAGUAUUUCAUGGGCAUAGCUCAGCAGUUGGGCCAAUAUCUCGAUGUAGAUGAGGCUAUGGCCCAAGUGGUGGCCCGUGAGAUCUUGGGCUUUGAGAUGAGUUUGGCCAUGGGGGCAGCCAAUGAAUCGAUGCCAUUUACCGAUCAAUUGCUUACAGCAGCAGAGUUAAAGGAAGAUUAUUCCAGUGAUGUGGAUAUUGAAAAAUAUUUGACAAUUGUGCAAGGCAAUAUGCCCAAGGGGAGAAUUCUCGACAAGGCACCCGAGUAUCACAGGAAUUUGAUUAAGGUGCUAAAGAGAACUCCCAAGAGAGCGGUGGCCAAUUACAUUUACUAUUCGUUGAUACGAAACUUUUUAAUCUCUCCCCCUCCCAUGUCCUAUGAGGCAUUGCAGGCCAGCUGUGUUACCCUGACACGAAAACAUUUUGGCGAUGUUGUGGACAAUAUGGUCUAUCGCAGAACCCACAUAAAGGAUGCUGAGCGGGCAGUGAUCAAUAUGGUCUAUGACCUCAGGGCUGUUCUGGAAUUUACCCUUCGCACCCGUGAAUUUUCUUGGAUAGGCCAGAGGGUACAGAAGAAAAUAAACGAAAAAUUAAAAGCCAUGAAAGUCAUCAUCAAGUCCUAUGAGAACAACAACAACUUUGUCUGGAAAUAUGGCCUUCUGAUUGUUGAUGUCAAUGAUCUCUUUGGUAAUCUCAAAUCCAUACACUUGAUAAGAGGCAUCAGCGCUAGGUCCAGAAUAUCGGAUCGCAUGGAAGUCUACUACGAGGAGGAGACUCCUUUGUCCUUCCUGCCCAAAUAUUUGUUGGAGCACAAUGCUCUGGUUAUACCAGUGGGUUUCCUGCAGCCCUUCUUCUUUUGGUCUCUGCCCUAUCCGCCAGCCAUAAAUUUGGCCCAAAUGGGCUUUUUCAUAGCACAUGAAAUAAUCCAUGCCAUAGACAAGGAUGGUGCCCAGUUUGGUAAGGAAGGUGAAAUGCGAUUUUGGUUUGAUGGUGCCUAUGCGAUUCUAAAAGAGCGCAUGGAUUGUUUCAAGAAUCAAUACAAAGGCUACAUCUUUGGAGGAGCCGAGUUGCCCGAAUUACAAUCGCAAGCGGAGAAUAUAGCCGAUGCCAGCGGUUUGCGUUUGGCCUAUAGAACUUAUGUGGCAUGGGAGGAAAAUCCAUAUCGUGGCAUUUCCAAUAGAACCGUGGAGACUCUACCCAAUAUGCCUUAUUCUGGAAAACAAUUAUUUUUCAUUAGCUUUGCCCAACUCUGGUGCAGUGAUGUUAAUUCAGCCAUGACCAAUCUGCCAGUGGUGACAAAUGGUGAAAAUGCUCCCGGUAGUUUUAAGGUAAUGGGCACCCUCUCGCAUUUGGAUGAAUUUGCACAGGCAUUCCAAUGUCCCAAUAACAAUGACGAUCGUAAAGCCAAAUGUAGUGUCUACUAG